ACAGUCAAUAGUAUAGACAAGUUUCAGUCCACUUGAGUACAUUUAUGUUUUGAGACGCGCACGCAAGCUACACUCUAAGCGUGUUUUAUUUCUUCAUUCGUCAUCAUUCAAUAGCUAAAUAAUACAAAUAACGCGCAAGCAAACAAAAAACCAGCGUUGAGCAGCUGCUUGUUCGACUGCUUUGCCGCCUUAGUGAGUUGUAGACGACGACACGUUUUUCAGUGUGUCUUUUACCUUACGGGAGAGUUGGCUUAGUGAGUUGAGUUGGUGCCAAAACGGAGACGCAGACUUGCAUAAGUCAUUGGAUUUAUAAAUAAAACGAUCGCUUCUGUACAUACAUAUAUAUAUGUAUAAAUAUAUAUGCAAUAUUGAAGAGUUUCAAAAUUGUGUUACACCGUGAAAGUGUUUUUGUGUUUGUGCACGCUAAAAGUUGCUUAGACAUCACAAAAGACGAGCUUCAAGCUCGCUAAACCAAAAGGUGCUUUGUAAACUUAAACUCAACAGCGUCAAGUAAAGGCCAAUUUAAAAAUGUCUAAGCCACAACCCAUGGAAAUGUCCAAUAUGGAUAUAGAUUUUCACGAACGUAAAGCAGAGCCCUUUAAAAUGGGCCGAUUUAUCUACAAUUCAGAGGAGGGCACCGUAAUGGGACGUGAUCGUGCCUCUUGGGCAAAGAUCGGCAUCUUCUACACAGCUUUCUAUGGCGUAUUGGCCGCGUUAGUGGCCAUUUGCAUGUGGGUAUUCUUUCAAACACUAGAUCCGCGCAUACCCAAGUGGACAUUGGAUAGAUCCAUAAUCGGCACAAAUCCAGGUCUUGGUUUCCGUCCGCUGCCACCAUCGGACAAUGUUGAGAGCACAUUGAUUUGGUACAAGGGUACGCAACAUGAGAACUACAAACACUGGACGGAUUCGUUGGAUGAGUUCUUAGCAGUCUACAAAGUGCCUGGCCUUACACCUGGUCGUGGUCAGAACAUCUACAAUUGUGACUACAAUCAACCGCCACCAAAGGGUCAAGUUUGCGAUGUCGACAUUAAAACAUGGAAUCCUUGCACCAAGGAAAAUAAUUACAGUUAUCACAAGAGCUCACCAUGUGUUUUCUUGAAGUUGAAUAAAAUCUAUGGUUGGAUACCGGAAUAUUACAAUGAUUCCAAGGAUUUGCCCGAUGACAUGCCAACAAGCUUGAAAACUUAUAUUGGUGAAGUGGAGAAGUCGCAAAAUCACAAGUUAAACACCAUUUGGGUUUCAUGCGAAGGCGAGAAUCCAGCUGAUCAGGAGAAUAUCGGUCCAGUCAACUACUUGCCAAUUCGUGGCUUCCCUGGCUACUUCUAUCCUUACCAGAACUCAGAGGGUUAUCUUAGCCCACUCGUCGCUGUGCACUUCGAGCGACCGAAGCGUGGCAUCAUCAUCAAUAUCGAAUGCAAGGCUUGGGCACGCAAUAUUUUGCACGAUCGCAAGGAGCGACUAGGUUCCGUGCACUUCGAGUUGCUGAUCGAUUAACAGAGUGUGGGAAAGAUGUUCGAUGUUUACAACAACAACUAAAGAGCAUCAAAGCGCGUUGGCAAACGCUUAUGCCACAGAAGAGCAUCAUAGAUUUUUUCAGCCAGCUGUAUUGUAUACACACACACAUGCAAGCAUUACAUUUGAAACAAAAAUAAAAUCAACACAAAUUUAUAUAUAGUAUAUACCAAGGAGCUAUGCAGUCGAACGAUUACUCGCUAAUAAAAAUACACAACAAAAACAAUCCCACAAGCAUAUGUAUACAGACAAACACACAUACAAAAGUAUAUGUACCAUUUAGUAUAAAGAAUUUCGAGACAAUUGUUGGGUUCUAUAGUUAUGUAAAUUUCUUGCUAAUUUUCUUUUUUUUUCAUUUAAUUUAAUUUAAUUUAAAAAUGUCAUUUCUGUUAGUUUAUAUGAUGUCUUUGUUUAGCUUUUAAGCAGAUAAUAUAUAUAUAUAUAUAUAUUGUAUGUAUAUAUAAAUAUAUAUAUGUAACUAAGUGUAAGUUGAAAAGAAAAAAUUGAGCGAAUUAUAGUAAAAUAACCAAUAAAUAAUACCAAAUGUAUGUAUUUUAGAACACUUUGCAACAGUCUAGCGCCAAGCAUAGAAUUAUACCUACAUACAUAUACACAAACGUAAAAGUAUGUAUGUAUAUGCCACAAAUUUUUGACAAUCUUUUUCCUGCGUUAGAUAAAUCGUACAUAACCGAACUUAUAGUUAAGUAAUUGGAAGCUACAUACAUACACACAGACAGUUUUUCGAAAUCUGCAGCGUAUAAAAAAAAAAAUUUUUUUGAGGAGCAAGUAAAUGCUUGAACGGAGACAACUCAUCCAAAUGCACAGCCAAAGUAUAUUUCAAUGCAUUACAAACACACCUACCAACAAAUGUUGCUUACAUACAUACAUGUAUAUGUGUGUAUAAAUUUGUAUUUUAAGUUAACUGCCAUUCACAUGUCGACAAGCUGUAGUAUAACGCAUAAAAGUAUGCUAAAGAUAUUUAAAAAUAACAUGCGAGAAAAAUAUUUCAUUUGUCAGCUAAAAUAAUGGGAAUUUCAAAAAAAAGUAUGUAAGUAUUUUAAUAUACCGUUAGAGGAUCCUGCUGCUAAUCUACUUCGAAAACUUUUAUGUAUUUCGAUAUUUGAUUUUAUUUGCCAUGAUUUCAAACUAAUUAAGAAAAUAAACUGAUAAAUUGUUUUCGAGAAAAGUUCUGAAACGACAAUACUAAUAACGAUGUUUCAAUAAAAGAAUGUUAAUGGGUAUUUUAGAAUAUUACUUUUUCAGUGCUGACAAAAGGAAAAUUAAGUUUUGAAAAUUUUCGGGAUCCCGAUAUGAGUUAGCCUUAAAUUUCAAAACUUGUUUUAAAUAAAAAUUUCGGUGAUCAAAAGAGACCUAAUUUAGGCUUUGAAAAAUUUCUUGAUCCUGUUGUUUGUAAGUCGUAAAUUUUAAAAUUGUUCUAUAUAAUAUUUUUAGUGAUAAAAAGUAACAAAAUUUAGGUUUUGAAAAUUUUCGGGAUCCCGAUAUUUGAAAGUCUUAAACUUCAAGAAUUGUGUUACAUAACUUUUUUUGUGCUGAAAAAACGAGAAUUAAGGUUUAAAAAUUUUCGGGAUCCCGAUAUUUGCAAAUCUCAAACCUUAAAUUUGUUUUAUAAAGCAUUUUCAGUGCUGAAAAAGCCCGACAACAUAACAUUAGUUAAAGAAAAUUUUCGGGAUCCCGAAUUUUAUCAGCAUUAAACUUUAAAUUUUUUAAUAAAGCAUUAUUAGUGCUUAAAAAAACGAGAAUUUGGUUUUGAAAAUUUCGAGAUCCCGAAAAAACUUUUUAAAAAUUUUGCAAAAUAUAAAACAUUUAAAAAAAACUUUAACGACGAAUGAAAUAUUUUUUAAUGUAUGUACAUUAUAGGCAUAAAAGCAUUUUCUCAUUAAGAAAUGUGUAUAAACACAAAAUCGAAAGAAUUUUCACUAAAACACCAGCGAAAAAGUAAAUAAAAAUGUAUACAACAGGAAUGUCAGCAUUUCAUGGUUUUUGUUUUAGUAAACUAAUAAUUAAUUUGCUUAGUUUUAUAAUUAAAUAUAAUAAAUAACGCUAUAGAAAACGAGCAACCGCCACACGGGCCACUACAACAAGCCAACACACACAACAGCAAAACGAAAACAACAACAAAUAACUUUGCGGUAAAGCAGCAUACACCUAGCAAUGUACAAGUAGUUCAAUCCAAAAUAAAGAAAAACAAAAAAGCAAAUCA